UCCUCCUCUUCCUCACCAUCAUCAUCCAUCUCAAUUCCCCCAAGUGGGGCUAUUGCUGACUUGAUUGAUUGUAUCUUUAUCAUGUAACCGAAGCUUGCCGCAUUGAAUUGGGGAUGGGAUACACAGCUUUGUAUUGCAAGGUUAAGAACUACUUUAUGCAUCGAUUUUAGCCUUUUUGGUAUUCAUCGAGUUAUGAACCUUGUGGUAUCCUAGAGAAAUUGUUGGGGGAAAUGGCUGUGGAAGAAACUUCACACGUACAGAGGAUCUUGGAGGGGUUUGCAACCGUCCUCAAGUCCGCUGCUUGUGAAUGUUUUCUGAUUCUUCUUCUGUUUGUUGAUGCUGCCUUAGCUUACACGCUUACAAGAUUUGCGCAUUAUUGUGGAUUGCAAUCGCCUUGCAUUGUAUGCUCUCGGCUUGAUCAUGUUUUCAGAAAUGAAGAACCCGGAUAUUACUGGAAUCUAUUUUGCAGCAGGCAUAUAUCAGAGAUUUCAUCGUUGAUUUCCUGCAACAUUCAUGGGAAGCUGGUUGAUGGUCAUAGUGUGUGCGAGAAUUGUCUCUCAUCACACAUUAAUUUGCCAUGUCGCUUGAAGUGUCAAACUGGUGCAACGAAGAUAGAUGAUAAGUCUUCUACACCAGCGGAGACUCGUAUCGGAAAAACUGGAUUUGAUCCUUCGUCUCAUGUUGGAUUCACUGAGCUGAAGAUCACUUCUGAAUCGGAGCAUGAGAUUCCAUCUUCCGAUGAUGAGGUUUGCAAUUGUAUGGUUCGUGAUAUGGACGAGAGUAAAAAAAUAUCUCUGGUUCACUCUGCUCUGGAAACUCCAUCUAAAAGAAUGUACAACAAUUUGGAUAAAAGAAAACAGCCUGAUGCUAAUGAGAAAUAUGGUUUUAGAUGUUUACAUCCCGGUGUCCUCGUUGACAAUGAUGUUUGUGACAAUAAAUAUCAGCUGGCUGAACAGAAAUCCAAUCGUUCGGUUUUGCCGGGGCUUAUUUCUCUAGAUGGUAUUCCUGCAUCAUCCUGCCUUGAGAAAGUUCCAAGUUGCAGUGCUUCGUUUCUGUCUAAUCUUAUUUCUCUAGCCGAUAACCCCACUUCAGUUGAUGUUACAGAAAAUCCUCAUGAAACAUCAUCGGGCAAGUUGGCAGAUGUUACAGAAGCAAGUAAAAAUGAAAGUAUUUCUAUCAACAAGAAUGACAAAACCUUGAAGUCGAUAAGCACAUCAUCUCAAGCUGGUUUUGGAACUGAUCGAGUUGUAGAUGAUAUUGUUGUGGCAACGGAUGAGGAUCCAAGUGAUUUGCAUACAUCACCUGCCUUUGGUGAAGAAAAAGGUGCACCUGUCUUUGUUACUGAAGAACCUAUGCUGACAUAUAAUAAUGGAGUUAACAAAGAUCGGUCGUUGCCGGUUCAGAAUUCUUCUGGAGAAGGGAUUCAAUUAUCAUUUAGCAAUGUAGGUCCUGAGUUGCAAGGUGAUGGUGAUGACUUUGAUGACAUGCCUAACGAAUCAAAUCCUUAUGGGGUUCAGAGUUUUCAUAACUACUUUCAGGAAAGAAGUGAAUUUGGUAGCCUUGGAGUUAACGAAGAACGGUCAUUGCCGACUCAGAAUUCUUCUGGAGAAGGAAUUCAUUCACAAGGUGAUUGUGACAACAAUGACUUUGAGACAACUGAUGAAUCCAAUCCUCAUGGGGUUCAGAGUUUUGGUAACUUCUUUACGCAACAAAGUGACUUUGGCAGCCUUGAAUCUUUGAAUGAAAGCACUUUCAAUGAAAUUGAAGGUGAAGAUUCAGUUGAUAAGCUGAAGCGGCAAAAUGAGCAUUAUCGGAAGUUCGUGAAAGACUUAUUAAAGGAAUUGGAGGAGGAAAGAAAUGCCUCUGCUAUAGCUGCCAAUCAGGCCAUGGCUAUGAUUACAAGGUUGCAGGAGGAAAAGUCGGCACUCCAGAUGGAGACCUUGCAUUACCUAAGGAUGAUGGAUGAGCAAGCGGAUCACGAUGGAGAUGCUCUGGAUAAAGCUAAUGAUCUUCUGGCAGAAAAGGAGAAAGAACUACAAGACCUGGAAGCAGAGCUUGAAUUUUACCGAUUAAACUUCUCAGAAGAAGUACUGAAGGAGACUUUACACGAGGCAAGCAUCAACGCAAACAAUGGAUAUUCUUCUACGGAGAAUCCAAUAGCCAAAUCUGCAUGGUCACAAUUUGAAAAUGAAAAGUUGUACAUUUAUGAGUGUCUGCGAGAUUUGGGGGAGAAAGUUACCAGGUUUGCUCAUCACGGGACUUACCCACACAUUUCCGAUGGGGAAUACUUUGAUGAAGCAGAAAACAAAGACCAACAUCAGCAAGAGUUUGUUGAUGAAAAGGAUAAACACGCAAAUCUUGAAGUGGAAGGUAAUUAUAUACCAGUGCAGAAAGCUUCAUCAGCGUCGAAUGGAAGUGUUCCUUUCGAAGAACAGUCCAGUACUUCAAUAAGCAAAGAUCAAGUGGUUAGUAAAGGAAACAGUGAUUCGGUUUCCAAUGGACAGAAGGGUUCCGAGGAUUAUAAUGAAACUGGUUUGGCCAGUCUUGAAAAUGAAAUUUCCGACCUUAAUCGAAGGUUGGAAGCACUAGUGGCUGACUCUAAAUUUCUUGAGGACUGUCUAAAAUCUCUUCAAAAUGGAAAUGAGGGGCUGCUUUUUAUUCAAGCAAUAUUUCAAGAGUUGAGAGAGCUGAGGAUACUUGGGUUAAGGAAUAGGAGCAUGUCAGUUUCAUGAGCUUUAUCUGUAUCAUUACAUGAUGCAUCCGAUUGAGGGCAAAGAGGCCAGCAUGAAGUUUGAUUCAAAAGUUGCAGCCUUGCCGGUUCUCAGCUUACCACGGAAUUGUGAAUUACCUGGAUCAGGGAUCAGGUUUUACGCCCUAACCACCUAUGUUAUACCAACUCUUUAUUUCUUUUAAAGUAUCCAUAUUCGAUACUCGUGUGACACACAUAUUCGAGUAUGGGUGUGGGGAAAAAAAGAAACUUUGGAAAAGUGAGUACACUCGUGUUGGAUAUAUACUCGUAUCUUUCAGCUACUCUCGAGUCGGUGGGAGUAAAACUGUAAAAUUAUAAUUUUUAUUCCUUUGGCAAGGGUUACAUUUGUGGUAUUUUUCUAAGCAUUGUGUGACUAGGUUUUAAAGUGUGGCUUUUUAGCCUUUUUUUUUUAGAUUUGUUCACACUUCAUAGUAAGCCGAUCCUACUUCAAUUGUAAAUUAAGAACAUCUCAAUAUACAUAGUUUAUUAU